AUGAAUGCGCAGAUGAAGUUAUUCAGUUUUUUUUCCGAAAUCAUUAAAAUUUUAAAUCAAAAUUUAAUUCAAACAUGGACAUUUUCAACCAUAAACAACCCUCCUCAGUUUAUAUUAGAGCAAUUACAAAAUAACAUCCAAGAGUUUUCCGAAAAAAUAAGGAAAUACGGUGAUGAUUUGUAUAAUUCUCUAAAUGUAGAUGCUUCUGAAUGGGAGCAAUACAAUAUAUUAGACUUACGAGCAAUUUCAGCCUCAUUCUCCCAGUAUUUACGCACAUCAAAAAUAAAUGAUCAGCUUAGAAAGAAAAUUCUUACAUUAUUGAACACGAUAAACGAAUAUUUACAGAACAAACAAGAUGGAAAAGUCAUUUCCAUAGCAAUUUCUCCAAUUCAUGUUCAUUAUCAGUCAUGGAUCGUUGAUUACGAUGAUUUUGAACAAGGAAAAGAGAUAGGACACGGAACAUCGGCCAAAGUAUACAAAGGAACCUACAAAAAGACUCAUGAAGACGUUGCAAUCAAAAAAUUCCAAUUUCCAAACUUAAAUUCCGCCCAUUUCCAAUCGUAUCAACGCGAAGUAGCUGUUCUAGCAACAGCGCAACACCCUACUCUACUCAAAUUGAUCGGAACAACCGAUAAACCGCCAUUUUGUAUAAUCACUGAAUGGAUGAGCGGAGGAUCAUUGUUCCACGCGAUACAUCGACCGGGAUACUAUGAUAUGACGCAGAGGACAAUCGCUGCAAUCGAUAUCGCAUGA